AUGCGCUUCGCCUUUGCCCUGCCCCUGGUGGGCAUUCUGUCCCUGACCCUCCCUGCUUUCGCGACCGCGGACUCCCAGGGCUGCAGCACGCUGAAGAGCAAACUCUCUGACUCAGUGUUCUACCCUAAUUCCUCUGUCUACAAAGAUGAGUCGACGAAUUUCUGGUCCAAUACCGAGAUCAUGUCGCCCGCGUGCGUGUUUCGCCCCGCCUCUGCGGCAGAUCUGGGAAGGGGGAUUCGGCUUCUGACCAAGAAGAAUGCGAAGUUCGCUGUGCGUGGCGGUGGACAUAUGGGUAUUCGGGGCUCGAACAAUAUCGACAAUGGCGUGUUGAUCGUCAUGUCCUUCCUGGAUACCCUGGAGUUGUCGACUGACCAGUCGCUCCUCUCCGUUGGUCCUGCGUACCGGUGGGCCGAUGUAUACUCCUACCUAGAGCCCUAUAAUCUAGCUGUCGCGGGUGGCCGUCUUGGGCCCGUCGGUGUCCCUGGCCUGCUUCUCGCUGGAGGCAUCAACUUCUACGGCAACCAAGUCGGUUUCGGAUGCGACACCGUGGUCAAUUACGAAGUUGUUCUGGCCGACGGAUCUGUCAUUGAAGUUAACAAGGACAGCUACCCAGAUCUCUUCUGGGCGCUGAAGGGCGGCAGCAGCAACUUUGGUCUGGUGACUCGCUUCGAUCUGCAGACCAUUCAGUCUAAGAAAGUGUGGGCUGGUGCGUACACUGUAGCUGAGGAAUAUGUCGAUGAGUUUUUGAAGGCAAUUGCUACAUACGCGGCGGACAUUUCUGACCCCAAGACGCAUAUCGUCCCAGCCCUUGUCCCUGCUCCUGGAACGGCAACCCUGGCCUCUGCAAUCCUCUUUUACGACAGCGAGGUCACGGAGUACCCCGAAGCCUUCAAACCCUUCACCAACAUCCCCGCCGUCGCCAACAACCUAGGCUUCAAGACUGUCGCCCAAUUCGCCACCGAACUCGGCGGCAUGGUCCUUGAUGGCAUCAAUGACGUCUUCGUCGCCGGUACUGUAACUGGCACGACCUUCGACGACCUCCACCGCGGAAUCAGCAUCAUCAACAGCACCUUCUUCCAGCGCCUCCCGAAGCUCUACUCCCAAGUCCCCGCGGGAAACAUCCACACAAUCCAGCUUGACUGGCAGCCUAUCGGUAAGCUCUGGAUGGAUGCCUCCGCCAAGGCUGGUGGCAACGCGCUCGGUCUCGACUCGUCCAAGGUGUACCUUGCCUACGCGGAGGUAGUUGAGUGGACUGGCUCGAAGUACAAUGACAUCGUCAUGCAAUGGAUUGAGGAGACAACUUAUGCGAUCAACAACGCGACCUUCGAGGCGGGGCUGUACGAUGCGUUUAAUUACAUUGGGGAUGCAGCCGCGUUUCAGUCUAUUUUCCCGGGAUACGGGCCGGAGAAUCAUGCGCGUCUGCAGGCGAUUGCGCAAAAGUAUGAUCCGAACAGGGUCUUCCAGACUUUGAUGCCGGGUGGGUUUAAGGUGUACUAG